AUGUCAACCAAACCGGACGUCUUGGACGUGCUCAAUUCGCAGAUAUUGGAUGAUGACAGAGCCAAAUAUUUACAAACGCAGAGUCAAUUGAACGCGACUUGGACAUUUGAAAUCGUGCCCAACUACUUCAAGCAGUCUUUAGCCGAAACAGAUGAAACCAAAUUCAACUACUUUGACGAGCAUUUUGGUAUCAUUGAUUCAUGGGAGAGGGCCUUCGCAGACUUGCGGAGCUUGAACGAAAAGAGCGACGACAAUACUGUUUACAAGAUCUUCCUCCUUGGUCGUCAUGGUCAAGGCUACCACAAUAUGGCCAACCUCAAAUACGGAGAGAAGGCCUGGAACGAGCAUUGGCUGCAUUUGACCGGUGAUGGCGAAAUUGUUUGGGCACCUGAUCCCGAGCUCACGGAAUUGGGCCAGGCUCAAGCAAAGGACAAUAAUUACCAGCUCAAAGUGGAGCUCAAUAGAAACCUUAGAAUUCCAACAAAGUGGUACUCGUCACCAUUCCGUCGUUCAGUUGACACUUUGAUUGGAAGCUGGCAAGACAUCGUAGACUUAAAGGAGGUCAAGCCUUUGAUUAAAGAAGAUUUUAGAGAGACAAUCGGUGUUCAUCUUUGCGACAAGAGGUCUACCCGUUCGGUUAUUUCUGAGAAAUACGGCCCAUUGGGCUUUGUCAUCGAAGAUGGGUUUGAAGAAAAGGAUGUCUAUUAUAAAGAUGACUACCGUGAGAAGGUGUGGGAGCAGGCAUUGCGCCAAAACAGAGGCUUCCAGGAUAUUUUCAAUUCUACAGACAAAAAAGGUGAUGCUUUUAUCAGCAUCACCUCCCAUUCUGGCUCUAUUAGAACCCAAUUGAUGGUAUUGAACCAUAGGCCAUUCGCUAUUGGCACUGGAGGCAUGAUCCCCGUUUUUGUUAAAGCUACCAAGCGCCAAUUAUGA